AUGCCAGAUGCCUCACAGAGACAGCUCAACCCCUCAAGCCCGAUCAAAACGCGACUGCGCUCAGGGAAGCGCGUGGGCCGACCCCGCAUCGAGGCCGAUGGCCCGGCAAUCCUUUCGGAAGACCGGCGCACGCAGAUUCGGCGCGCCCAGAAGACAUACCGCGUCAAAAAAGAGGCGGUCUUCCGCCAAACCCUCGAUCGCGUCACGGACUUGGAAGCGAAGCUUCGUAGGCUGUCAGAUCAGGUCUCCGGCACUUGCGAGGCUGCUACUGAGGCGCGGCUGCAGCUGUCUCAUCCGGAUAUCUAUGCCCGCCUGACGCAAAUGCGCGGGGUGUUGAUCGAGCAGGAUGCUUCUCACGGUUCAGCCUUUCAAACUGAUUCCUCUCGCAUGCAAGUUACGCCAGAACCUGAUGUAUUCUCCACUACAUCACACCAGAUAUUGGGUUACCGUCUCGAUCAAACACAAAGCAACUGGGAGGUUCAGCAGGAGCCACUAAAUCCGCCGCGGAGACGGCAGCAUUCAUUACCCCGGCCCAUCUCGACCAGGGGUCACACCUACUCGUUCCAGGAAGGGCGCUUCGCCCGUAGACUGCAACGAUACUGCCUCGAGCACGCAUUCAACCUGUUUAUCGAUCCCCGGUCAAAUCCCCAACAAGUGUACCGCGUAUUCCGUCUCGUGCCUUGCAUACAGGACAAAGCCAAGAUGCAACCGCGAUUUGAGCAAUUGCUACGAGGUGGAGCCGACUCCCCACUUGAGGUUCCCGGCCUUCCAUUCUAUGGUGUAGGUGGAGCAGGUACGCAUUAUCCGGAUAAAGAUGAAUUCGGCACUCCAAUACAUCCGAAGAACAUGAGGAUGCCUCGUCGAGUGCUUGGAAUCCUUCCAAAUAGCGGAGAUGGGGAUGAGUCGACAUCAGUGGGUAAUCGCGCUCGGUUGCUUGAGAUCUGCGGGCUUGGGGGGCAGUGGUUCGAUAGUCGGGACGUGGAAGGGCAUCUUAAGCGGCAUGGGGUGGAUUUGCAGGGGUCGAGCUUGUUUCCCACGGUUCGCAUCGUAGAGGGACAAUCAGGGCGGACGCGCUCUGAGCAUAGCUGCUAUGCUUUGGAUUUGGAAAACUUUCUCUGGAGGCUUCUUCAUGGAUUUGUCAUUCUGGGGCGCGCUCCCGGGUUCAGAAUGAUCGAUGUCAACGCUGCUUUUCAUGCCUCCUUACGACCUUUAGGCACAGGAGCUUAA